UUGACACGAGCGGAGCGAGUGUUUAAUAAACGAGUGACUUAAAAAGUUUACUGAAUGUGUUGCAUACUAUACUUUUUUUACGAGCGUUAGUUUUUGGGUACAUUUUCGCAAAACAACACGAAUACAUUCACUGACAUGACUGUCAGAAUUGACAAACGUCAAAAUUUAAAGUGUGGGAAAUAUUUCCAAAAACAUCCGAUUGCUCCUAAACCCGUGCGGUAAAAUCUCGAAGUGACUCCGAUUUGUGGGAAACGAAACUGACGUGACGGGAGUAGAAAAAAAAUAAACCAGCUCAGUUGUAGUGGUAAAUUGGUUGGUGUCAGUACCACCUUAAAAAGAAGAAAAAGAAAACGAAAAAAAAAACUAACCAAAACUAGUUUGAGGUUAUUGAGGCCAUUUUUAUUUAUUAUUGAAAUAAACAAAGUGGAGUGAUGUCGACGGCGGUUUGAAACUGCCAACUCAUUUUAUAAUGCCACCGAAAAAAUCGGGAGCAAAACCGUCUAAAUCAAGCAAAGGGGAAGACUCCGGAGAUAAAGGUUCCAAAGAGAAGAAAGGUGGAACCACUGUCAAAGUUAGACAUAUUUUAUGUGAAAAACAGAGCAAAUGUCUAGAAGCCCUUGAAAAGUUAAAAGCGGGUCAGAAGUUUUCUGAUGUCGCAGCGGCCUAUAGCGAGGACAAGGCGCGAUCUGGCGGCGACCUUGGUUGGAUGAUUAGGGGAUCCAUGGUGGGACCUUUUCAAGACGCAGCGUUCGAUUUGCCUAUAUCGACCGUCAACAGUCCUAUUUAUACAGAUCCACCUGUGAAAACUAAAUUCGGAUAUCAUAUAAUAAUGGUGGAGGGGAAGAAAUGA